GCGCAGAUACAAAUCCCCAGAAGCAGUCGCGGCAGCUCCGGUCAGAGAGUACAGUCCGCCGCGCGUCCAUUUAUAUUUCCGUUUUUUAGAUUAGCCCCUUUAAGCUUCGCAAUACCGCCCCCAAUUUCAGCGUCGGUACGGAGCCGCCAGGCCGGGACAGAGACGGAGAGAGAGGCCUCGGCCAUGGAAGCACUCGGACCCGGGCCGCCUGCUCCCACCUCUCUGUUUCAGCCCCCGCGGCGUCCCGGCCUCGGCACGGUGGGGAAACCCAUCCGGCUCCUUGCCAACCACUUCCAGGUGCAGAUUCCCAAGAUUGACGUCUAUCACUAUGACAUCGACAUCAAGCCUGAGAAACGGCCUCGAAGGGUCAACAGGGAGGUGGUGGACACCAUGGUGCGGCACUUCAAGAUGCAGAUCUUUGGAGACCGGCAGCCGGGUUAUGACGGGAAGAGGAACAUGUACACAGCCCACCCACUGCCCAUCGGGAGAGACCGGGUGGAUCUGGAGGUGACUCUUCCAGGCGAGGGGAAGGACCAGACCUUUAAGGUGUCGCUGCAGUGGGUGUCCGUCGUCAGCCUGCAGAUGCUGCUGGAGGCGCUGUCGGGUCACCUGAACGAGGUCCCUGAGGACUCUGUUCAGGCCCUGGACGUCAUCACGCGGCACCUGCCCUCCAUGAGGUACACUCCUGUUGGACGCUCCUUCUUUUCCCCUCCAGAGGGUUACUACCAUCCUCUGGGCGGGGGGCGGGAGGUGUGGUUCGGCUUCCAUCAGUCUGUCCGUCCUGCCAUGUGGAACAUGAUGCUGAACAUUGAUGUGUCUGCGACCGCUUUCUACCGUGCUCAGCCUGUGAUCGAGUUCAUGUGUGAGGUGUUGGAUAUCCAGAACAUCAACGAGCAGACCAAACCGCUCACAGACUCCCAAAGGGUCAAAUUUACCAAGGAGAUAAGAGGUUUGAAGGUGGAGGUCACUCACUGUGGUCAGAUGAAGAGGAAGUACCGUGUUUGCAACGUGACGCGUCGGCCUGCCAGCCAUCAAACGUUCCCUCUGCAGCUGGAGAACGGGCAGGCCAUGGAGUGCACGGUGGCUCAGUACUUCAAGCAGAAAUACAACCUUCAACUCAAGUAUCCACACCUGCCCUGCCUGCAGGUGGGGCAGGAGCAGAAGCACACCUAUCUCCCCCUGGAGGUCUGCAACAUCGUUGCCGGCCAGCGCUGCAUCAAGAAGCUGACGGACAACCAGACAUCCACCAUGAUCAAAGCCACGGCGCGCUCCGCCCCCGACCGGCAGGAGGAGAUCAGCAGGCUGGUAAAGAGCAACAGCAUGGUCGGGGGCCCGGACCCCUACCUGAAGGAGUUCGGCAUAGUGGUGCACAAUGACAUGACGGAGGUGACGGGGCGUGUCCUCCCAGCGCCCAUGCUGCAGUAUGGGGGCCGGGUGAGUACAGACACAGGGAGGGACUGUGGCAGGGGACUCUCUCCGCAGAAUAAAACCGUGGCCACGCCCAACCAGGGUGUGUGGGACAUGAGAGGGAAGCAGUUUUAUGCUGGAAUUGAGAUCAAGGUGUGGGCCGUGGCCUGCUUCGCCCCACAGAAGCAAUGCCGGGAGGACCUGCUAAAGAGCUUCACAGACCAGCUGAGGAAGAUCUCGAAGGAUGCUGGAAUGCCCAUUCAGGGUCAGCCAUGUUUCUGUAAAUAUGCCCAGGGAGCCGACAGUGUGGAGCCCAUGUUCAAACACCUCAAGAUGUCAUAUGUGGGACUGCAGCUGAUUGUGGUCAUUCUGCCGGGAAAAACCCCCGUCUACGCCGAGGUAAAGAGGGUGGGGGACACCCUCCUUGGCAUGGCGACUCAGUGUGUCCAAGUGAAGAACGUGGUGAAGACGUCUCCUCAAACUCUGUCCAACCUCUGCCUGAAGAUCAACGCCAAGCUGGGAGGCAUCAACAAUGUGCUGGUGCCUCAUCAGAGGCCAUCAGUGUUCCAGCAGCCGGUCAUCUUCCUCGGUGCCGACGUCACUCAUCCUCCUGCAGGCGACGGCAAGAAGCCGUCCAUCGCUGCUGUGGUGGGCAGCAUGGACGGGCAUCCCAGCCGGUACUGUGCGACGGUGCGGGUCCAGACAUCUCGGCAGGACAUGUCCCAGGAGCAGCUGUUCAGCCAGGAGGUGAUCCAGGAUCUGACCAACAUGGUGCGGGAGCUGCUCAUCCAGUUCUACAAGUCCACGCGCUUCAAACCCACACGCAUCAUUUAUUAUCGCGGCGGCGUUUCCGAGGGACAGAUGAAGCAGGUGGCCUGGCCGGAGCUGAUCGCCAUCAGGAAGGCGUGCAUCAGUUUGGAAGAGGACUACAGGCCUGGCAUUACUUACAUCGUGGUGCAGAAGCGCCACCACACGCGUCUGUUCUGCUCUGACAAAGCUGAGAGGGUUGGGAAGAGCGGGAAUGUUCCAGCCGGCACCACCGUGGACAGCACCAUCACACAUCCGUCUGAGUUUGACUUCUAUUUGUGCAGCCAUGCUGGAAUUCAGGGAACCAGUCGCCCCUCCCACUACCACGUCCUGUGGGAUGACAACUGCUUCACGGCCGAUGAGCUCCAGCUCCUCACCUACCAGCUGUGCCACACCUAUGUGCGCUGCACGCGCUCAGUCUCCAUCCCGGCGCCUGCCUACUACGCCAGGCUGGUGGCUUUUCGCGCUCGCUACCACCUGGUGGACAAAGACCACGACAGCGCCGAGGGCAGCCACGUGUCUGGUCAGAGCAACGGCCGCGACCCGCAAGCUCUGGCGAAGGCGGUUCAGAUCCACUACGACACGCAGCACACCAUGUACUUCGCCUGAGGACCGCCCGUCCUCCGACACGCGUCUCUUCCUCGUCUGUCUCUGUCGUCUUUCUGUUCGCUCUCGGUUCGGAUCCUUCACCAAAGCGGCUCACCGAGGAAGAGGAGCGGGAUGAAGAGUCACGGAACGAUCUCCAACCAGCGUUCCCAAUUCCAGCCGCCUGUUCUCAACCAGCAAUCCAGCACUGAGAGUCCUGCCCCGCCAGGGGGGUGGGGCUCCAAUGCACAAACGAAAAAACAAAAACAAACCCCUCCCUCAGACCCCCCCACAGACACACAGUUGAGCCAUUGUUUUGAGUUUGUUUUUGUUUUUUCCUCCUUGAAUGUCUGCACUCGCGCGUUUAUCGGAUUCACGGAGCGCCGGCCCCGAGGUUCUUCCGGCGAAGCAGGACUCUUAUCUACUUUACCUCAAAGCCCCCCCUCCUCCCGGGGGUCAAAUCUGUCACAAGGUCUUGGGUUUGGGUGGUGGGGAGGGAAGGCGACCUUUUCAGAAUGAUAUAUUAUGAUUAUUAUAUAUAUUUUCCUUCUUAUGAGCGAGUGUUUGAACUCCUUUUUGGUCUUUUACAAGCGAGGUGACCACGCCCAUCGCUAUUUUCCUCCUAUCCCAGCGAGGCGGAUUGUAUGCGUGUGCGUCUGUGUAUGUGUGCACGUGAGUGUGUGUGUGUGUGCGUGUUAUGGCCGGCCACUGAACUGUAAAGGGAAAUCAAGGAGCUGACUGCUGUAAAUGCCUCAGAUGAGUUGUUUUAUAUUCACACAUACAGGAAAAAAAGCAUAUAUUUACACCUGUAGAGCAGUGUGGGGAGGGGACAGCGCCUCCUGUAGGCUGGUGGAGGCAUGUUGACGGUCCGGACUCGUGCGUUUGGUUAAAAUGUCUUCAGUGAGUCUGAACAUGAGGAUCCAUUUGAAGCAGCAGAUGAAGCCAGGUUUUGACGUGCAGCAGUGAGGACCGCGCUCGGGUCCCAAGUCAUUUUGGGCCCAUGGGUCGUUUCGGACCCCGGGUCAUUUUGGGCCCAUGGGUCGUUUCGGACCCCGGGUCAUGGUGGACCCGUCGAUCAUUUGGGCCCAUCCUGAAGCAGGACCUGAGCGCAGAAAGCCACUGCCGCACGGUUCUCUUACUUUCUUGUUUUUAUUUUUUUUUGCUCAUUGCACUGACCGGGGACGCUUGGCAACCAACAGAGGGCACUGUCGAUCUCUCGUACCUUUAUGCAUUUAUACAUUCAACAAAGCAGAUUUGUAAAAGUUUAAUAUAAGGCGUUUUGUGCUUAUCUUAAGACUCGUUUAAAAGUAGAACUUUACUGUUGUCGUCGUUGUCCAUGUUACUGUUGUGAUGUUUAGGGUUGUACAGUUGUGAGUUCAGGAACAGACUUGGGCUUGAGCUGCAGGUUUAGCGGGCCGAGCAUCGGAGUUGUGUUUUUACUUUUUUUUUUUUUUUCUUCAUUUUGUAGCAUUGUUAGCGCAGCGGGUUUGUGUAGCAGACACGCAGCAUCCGCCGCAGAUGGAUGGAGACAAUCAGGACCGAGCGGUUUGUUGGGUUUUUAAGACUUUUUAAAACUCGGCGUGCGUAUUUGACGUAUACCCAUCAUGCAUCUGUAUUUAAACGGCGCUUCUUUGGUAUUUUAAUGCCCUUUUUAACACUGGAUUUAACAGAUUUAAGCUCGGCGACCAGCGGCGCCCCCUGUGGUGUGAGAUGCUGCGGGACGGGGAGGGGAAAUGGUCAGCGCGCACGCCUCCUCGGGGGAGGGGCAGCUCAGUUGAAACCCUUUUGUAAUAAACCACCCGUAAAGCAACAGGUUUACUAUGAAUGAGUUUGAGCACUUUCCUGUGGACGGCGUGCGCGCUGACGCCACCAUGCAGGCAGCAGAGCCAACGGGCCGCCGCUCGGAUAAAUGGUCACUUCCUGUUUGUAACGUCACGAAGCAAUAUUAUCCCAGCUGAAGAUUUCUGACAAAUGAAGCUAUAAUUCUCCUCGUUGUCGAUGUUGUUAUUACUCUUCAAUGUGACUGUAUUUUUAUAUUUUCUGUUUUUAUCUGGGUUGUUUUUAUUUGCUCGUAUCAAUCAGUGGGAACGUGCAUUUUGGUGGACUAGUUUUAGGCUUUAGAGCUUUUUCUUUACGUGUAGACUUUGCUCGCCUGCAUGCCGGAGUAUCGUCUGUUUUAAAAUACAACCUUUUUGAGUCAUAUUUAUAAUUAUGAAAAAAAAUUAUGAAAUUUUUCAAAGGGGGGAUGUUUAGUGGGAAUGUUUCAGUUCAGGAAUAACGUCCCGUUUUUGGUCUCAAACAUGAAUUAUUUUUAUUUUUUGAGGGGGAGGUGCAGGUGUUUCCCGCAUGGGGGGGUAGGCGUAGCUCUUUGUGUUAUGUUCAAUCUAAACGAGGUACUUUGUUCUUAUGUGGACUAGCCAAAGAGCGCCCCCCGCCCCCUCUCCUGUGUGCCACGCAUCAUGUUUCCAUGGCGACUCUGACCCCUUUGACGUAGGGGAACGACCCUCUUUUAACCUUUUUUAAAAACUAAAGGAAAAAAAGCUCCCAGACUGUUUCUGUACCGUUUUAAAAGAGAGCACCAAUCAUUUUAAAGUCCUUCACUUUGAUAUCUUGUAUCUCAAUGAAUUUGUAAUUGUAUGUAUUUUAUUAUUUUAUUUUCUUCGUCAUGGGUUCCUGUAUGGGGUUUUUAUUUUUUUCUUUUCAUCCCCCCUUUUUCUUCCCAUGGCUCCUAUAUGAUCCGUUUUCUGCUUGUCUAUUGAGAGGGCGGAGCCACAACUUUUAAUUCACUGUUAUGUGACAUGCUCAGAUGUUUUUCUUGUUUUUUUUUUCUUUUUUUUUUCUUUUUUUUUUUAGCCUGCAGGGAAAUCUUGUGUUAAUGUGCAAAGUAAUAAACUGGUAUUCUAUGCCCGUAA